AUGGCGAGGGCAUUCGCAGAAGCGCUAUAUGAAGAAGAAGAGCUCCCUCGAACAACAGAGGAAGCCAUAAAAAUCGUCCAUUGGAGAGAGGCGAUGUUGGUGGAAAUGAAAGCUCUAAUGAAGAACAAAACAUGGGAAGUUUGCCUGAAACCUGAGGGAAUCCAUACCGUGGGAUGUCGAUGGGUAUUCACCAUCAAAAGGAGGCCAGAUGGGUCGAUUGAACGAUAUAAGGCGAGGCUGGUAGCAAAGGGGUACACCCAAACUUAUGGAGUUGACUAUGCUGAAACAUUCUCACCUAUGGCGAAGAUGAGUACCAUUCGAGUUCUCUUCUCUAUAGCGGCGAACAGAGAGUGA